AUGACGAUUAUUAACGAGCUGGAUAUUCCCAAUGGGCUUCCCAAGCGCUAUUGGAACAGCGAAAGAAACGGAGGUGCCAAGCAACCAACCAUUGUCAAGACGGCCGAGGCAGUGGAAAAAGAGCCAGCAACAAACGGAUAUUCCUCCUCGAUCGAAUUUUGGCAGAGUGCCCUCGCAGGGGGUGAAUGCGCACCAUAUCCGUCCCUACCACCGUUUGUCGAUUCGCCUGAGGCAGACAAAGAGGCAGAGUACCAAUUUCUUGAACCCCGAGACCUCACUAGUGAAAUUUCUACGUCGACGCUAGUCCGCGCCGCAUGGGCUUUGAUCACUGGCUCCAUGACCGACUCAGACGAUGUUGUGUUUGGUGCGGCAUCAGUCAGAGGAAAUACAAUCAUUCCAGUGCGCGUAAGACUGAACCCCGAUAUGAAGGUUCGGGACUACUUGAAGGUGGCCCAACAGCAGGCCACCGAGGCACUUCCCCAUGAGCAGGUGGGAUUGGAUCAAAUCGCCAAGGCAUCUUCCGACUGUCAGAAGGCUUGCAUGUUUCAAACUGUGCUCGUUCAGUCUCAGGACCAUGACUCACCGAAGGGGUUGGGUAAGUACGGUCUCACAAUUCACAUUCAGCUUGAUGGUGGCCAGAUGAACGCUAAGGCUUCGUUUGACUCGAGGGUGAUCGAGCCAUUGAUUGUCUUUAAGCUACUGCGUCGCCUCGAAUUUUUGAUCCAGCAAUUAAAUAAUGCAAGCCCGUAUAAAGCGUUGAAAGAUCUCGACAUUCUUCCACAAUUGGAAAUGGACCAGAUUCGAGAGUGGAAUAGCGGUGUUCCACCAGUGGUGGAGCAAUGCAUUCAUGACAUCGUGCAGGAACAUGUACAGGCCUACCCUGAAGCGCAGGCCGUUUGCGCUUGGGAUGGAGAGCUGACAUAUCGCGAGUUGGACGAUCUUUCAUCUCACGUUGCCUCCCAUCUCGCGAAUCUCGGUGUUGGCCCGGAGAGGGUCGUGCCGCUAUGCUUUGAGAAGUCAAUGUGGACCGUUGUGGCUAUGCUUUCCGUUCUCAAGGCCGCUGGCACUUUCGUCCUCCUUGAUCCCGGUCUGCCUGAAGGCCGCCUUCAGAGCAUCACCCAGAAAGUGCAAGCGGAAACUGCCAUCACGUCCAAGUCUUGCCAAAAGCAACUUUCUCCCUUCGUACGCCAGACGGUCGUGCUCUCCAAAGAGGCCAUGCAAUCUAUUAGGUCGCAAAUUCAGCAAUUGCCGUCAGAGUUGCCAAAGGCAGUCCCCAGCAACUCCGCUUAUAUCAUUUUCACCUCCGGCAGCACCGGAGAGCCAAAGGGCUGCGUCGUCGAGCACCGAUCUUACUGCUCGGCUGCUUUCGGUCAUGGAAAGAUCUUGGGCAUGAGCAAAAAUACACGCGCUUUGCAGUUUGGCUCCUACAAUUUUGCCGGGGCUAUUAUGGAGAUGGUAAUGACCAUGAUCUACGGAGGCUGUAUUUGCAUCCCAUCGGAGGAGGACCGCAGCGUCAACCUUGCUUCGACAAUUCGCAAGCUAAACGCGAACUGGGCCUUUUUGACUGCAACUGUGCUGGCUCUCCUCCACCCAGAAGAUGCCCCAUCUCUGCGGACAAUUUGCGUCGGUGGUGAGCCCAUCCGAAGCUCCCAGAUCAGGGAGUGGGCCCCGAAGGUUCAGUUACGACAGACAUAUGGCAGCGCGGAGACUGCUGCUGUUGUCUCGUCCGCUGGAUUAGAUUCAACCUCUGUAGUUACCAGCGUUGGAAAGGCGACUACUUGCAGGUGCUGGCUUACCAAUCCGACCAACACCAGCCAACUCGUGCCAAUCGGCGCACCCGGCGAAGUCGUCUUUGAAGGACCGGUGAUCGGACGGUACUAUAUUGGUAACCCGCAAAAGACAGCCGAGGCCUUUGUUAAGGCGCCGUCCUGGAGAGCUGCUCUCGGUCCUGUCGCUGCUUCGUCUCGAUUUUACCGAACUGGCGAUCUCGCUUCAUAUAGAAGCGACGGGUCGAUUGAGCUGCUGGGAAGAAAGGAUACCCAGGUCAAGCUGCGCGGCCAGCGUAUCGAGCUCGGAGAAAUUGAGCACCAAGCAAGACAAUCUUCGCCAGAUCUGAAAGAAGUUGCUGUCGAGUUGACUGUCAUCGGCGGCAGCGGUCCCAAGUUGAUCGGCUUUCUGGUGCUCAAGUCUAGCAAAGAAAAUGCAAAUGACGGUAGCGUGAUUAUUGAUGACCGGAUAAGGGCAGUUAUUCGGACUGUUAAAACCCAACUGGAGACGGUGCUGCCCCAUUAUAUGGUGCCUUCUGUGAUCCUCCCUAUCCGAAAGCUUCCAUUGACGGCGUCUGGAAAGACUGACCGGAGAAUUCUGCGCCAAAUGGGCUCGGCACUCACUGCGGAGCAGAUCUCGGACCUGCAGCUGAAGGUAGUAGGAGAGAAGCGGCAGCCAAGCACACCAAGCGAAAAGAGACUGCACAAGAUCUGGUCAAAAGUGCUCAACAUCGACCCGGCCAACAUCUGCCUUGAUGACAGUUUCUUCCAGCUCGGUGGCGACUCCAUUGCCGCUAUGAAGGUCGUGAGUGAAGCUCGUACCUUUGGCUUGAACCUGCAGGUGGCGGACAUUUUCCGCCAAGAUAUUCUCAUAGAAUUGGCUCGACAUCAAUCACUGAACUCCGCAAGUGCCUCCGAGCAACUCGAUGAAGCUGUUCUCGUUGAACCUUCCGUCAAAUCCACUCUGCUUGAGGAGCUGCACUCGAACUUCUGCAUCAAUGGUGCAGAUGUGGCAGAUAUCUAUCCUCUGACUGGUGUGCAGAAGACGAUAGUGGCUGCUGGUGUAGCAUUUGGUAUAAUGGCCGAUUACUUCUACAUGGAUCUCGAUGCGAGUCUGAAUGUCUCGGACUUGGAACGUGGCUGCAUGAGGGCUCUCGAGAAGUUCCCUAUACUGCGCGCUCGCUUUUUGCAGCUUCAGGGCAAUUUUUGGCAAGUUGUCAUGCAUGAGCUCAGCGAAGCCUUCAGUGUCCAUAACGUGGAUGGGGUUCUCGAGGAGUACUACCGAAAUUUCUGUCUCGAGAAUGUUAAAUCCGUUCUACCAACCCAACCCCCCGCCGCAUUUAUCCUCUUCAAACAUGAUAAAGGAAUGAGGCUGACUCUACGGUGGUCACACGCCCAAUACGAUGCGUUCAGCGCACCCAUUGUUCUCCAGUCGAUUUUGGAUGGCGACCAGGGGGAAAUCCCUGCCAAGCCAACAUUCCCCACAUUGCUGACUUACGCUGCCAACCGACACACUCAAUCACUUAAUUACUGGAGUAAAUUGCUGCAAGGAUCUCAUCUUACUCCCAUUGGGCCCCAUGUUCGCCCGUGUAAUCCUCCAAACGCCAUGCCUGAAAAGGUUUAUGGCGCAGCAGAGGCGCGUUUGGCCCAUCGUACCGGCAAAAUCACUCACGCCACUCUGACCCGGGCCGCAUGGGCUGUCCUUCUCUCACAGAUGGCAGGUGAAACUGAUGUUAUCUACGGCCAGGUGGUCGCCGGUCGUAACGCCGCGAUUCCGGCUGUGGAGAAGAUUGUCGGAUGCUGUCUGAAUAUUCUGCCUGAACGUGUCAACUUCUCAUCUCUUAAGACAGUUGCCGAGCUAGUUCAUGCCGUUCAAAACCAAUAUCACUCAAUGGGAGACGCAGACACGCUCGACUUCAUGGACCUCAUCGAGCAAUGCACCGAAUGGCCAGCCGGUUCAGGCUUCGACACGGUUCUCCACCAGCGAAACGUUGAUGAAGAACCCGCGAUCCAAACACCAGCCGGGAUUUCACGAAUGAAGAUCUUCCAGAACCCGCUCCCUUUUCCAUUCAUUUUCAUUGUAACCGUCUCGCGUGGUGAGAACGUUGAUAUCGAGGUAUUUGCGAACACUCACAUUAUGGGCUCGGAGACGGCUGCGAAAAUGGCGAGCAAUUUGGCUCAUAUCACGGAGAAGCUGGUUACUGGCAUGCACCUGGCUCUGCCAGACUUUAUGGACGAUGUGAAGCUCUUGAUCUAA